AAAAAGCCCACUGCCCACCUGACGACGCACAACACAAGGACCGCCCCCCUCCCGACCUCGCAUGGGCCAUGGGCUAUGGCCCGCGCGCCCUCACCAGUCACCAGCCGCGCACCGCACCGCACCGCACCGCACCACACCGCCGUCGCGGCGGCGUAUCGAAUCGAAAUCCGCGCACUAAUCCCAUUCCUAAACACGCCCGCGAUCAAUCUAGAGCGAGGCCUCUCCAACCAAGGGGGGGGAGGAGGAUCGCUGCUAGUAAUAAUAAGCAAUAAUCAAAUCCUUUCAAAAGCAACACCGUCUUUUAGUAGCAGCUCAUUAAUCGCCCGUUUCCGCCAUUGUUUGUUUCUUCUACAUACAAGUAAGCCGCCCCGCCCGCGCCCCGUCGUUCCAUCCUCAUGCUCCGCCCCCGCCCCCGCCGCGCGCCCGCGGCUACGCCCUAGCAGAGCGCGCGCCGACGCCGUCGCCGUCGAGUGGUGGGGCUAUAGGGUAAUAAUAAGAAUAAUAAUAAUAAUCGAGUGAUGAGGAAGCAGGCAGCGUCGGCGGGGGCGGGGGCUUCCUUCCGCCGCCGCGCGAUGGAGGGCCUGGCCGCCGUGCUGCUCCUCUACGCGCUCCUCGUCUUCGCCCUCGAGUCGCCGUUCGUCUCCACCUCGCUCUCCGGCGGUGGCGCCGGGGCCGGUGCCGGGGCCGCGCGGAAGCUCCACCUCUCCUUCGGCGGCGCGGGCGCGGGCGAGCGCGGGGCGCCCGCGCGCCCCGCCAAGGAGCCCCGCCCCGCGGCGGGCGGGGCGUCCGUCUCCGUCUCUGUCUCCGCCCCCGGCGCCGACGGACAGGAUCGCCGGCUCUCGCGCUUCGCCACGGGCCUCGACGUCCGCCUCCUCGACACCCCGCGCUCCGGCGUGCUACGCCGGUCCGUGGCCGACGCCGUCGCGGCGGGCGCCCGCGCGUUCGCCGACCUCGAGGGCCUCGACCCUAACGCCGUCGCGGCGCCCUCCUCCGGCGAACUCGAGGGCGGCGGCGCCGCGGCCACGGCCAGGUGCCCGCACUCGAUCGCGCUCACCGCGGAGGAGCUCGGCGCGCAGGGGGGCCGCGGCGUGGUGGAGCUGCCCUGCGGGCUCGCGCUGGGGUCCCACGUCACGGUCGCCGCGACGCCCCGGGGGCCGCACGAGGAGCGGAACCCCGCGAUCGUGGUGCUCAGGGACGGGGAGCGGCCUGCCAUGGUGUCGCAGUUCAUGGUGGAGCUGCAGGGGCUCAGGGCCGUCGAAGGGGAGGACCCGCCCCGCGUGCUCCACUUCAACCCGCGCCUCCGCGGGGACUGGAGCGGCCGCCCCGUCAUCGAGCAGAACACCUGCUACCGCAUGAACUGGGGCGCCGCGCAGCGCUGCGAUGGUUGGAGGUCACGCCCCGAUGAGGAGACUGUGGAUGGGUUGGUGAAGUGUGAGAAGUGGAUUAGGGACGAUGAUGACAGGUUGGAGGAAUGGAAGACAUCAUCAAAGACAGCAGCAUGGUUGCUGAAUCGGUUGAUCGGGCAGAAGGAGGAGGUCAAUUUCGGUUGGCCAUUUCCUUUCGUGGAGGGCCGCCUGUUUGUUCUUACUCUCAGUGCUGGGUUGGAGGGUUACCAUGUGAGCGUUGAUGGGCGACAUGUCACUUCCUUUCCUUACCGCACUGGGUUUGUGCUGGAGGAUGCUACAGGCCUGUCACUGUAUGGGGACCUCGAUGUGCAUUCAGUGAUUGCAGGGUCUUUGCCCACUACACACCCAAGCUUUGAGCCACAGAAUUAUCUGGAGUUUUCUACUGUUUGGCAGGCCCCUCCGCUGCCUGAUGAGCCAGUUGAGAUUUUCAUUGGCAUCCUGUCAUCAGCCAAUCAUUUUGCUGAGCGUAUGGGUGUGAGGACGACAUGGAUGUCUGCUGUCCACAAGUCACCAAACAGGGUGGCUCGUUUUUUCGUUGCACUGCAUGGCAGAAACGAGGUGAAUGUGGUGCUGAAGAAGGAAGCUGAAUUUUUUGGGGACAUUGUUUUUGUGCCCUAUCUGGAUAACUACGAUCUUGUUGUUAUGAAGACUCUUGCAAUAUGCGAGUAUGGGGUUCAUGUUGUCUCUGCUAAAUAUGUAAUGAAGUGCGAUGAUGAUACUUUCGUGAGAAUUGAUUCAGUAGUCACUGAAAUUAAGAAGGUACCAAGUGGGAGAAGUCUUUACAUGGGGAGUAUGAAUAUACAACACAGACCGCUACGCCAAGGGAAAUGGGCUGUGACUUAUGAGGAGUGGCCAGAAGAGGUGUAUCCGUCAUAUGCAAAUGGCCCUGGAUAUGUUAUAUCAUCUGAUAUUGCUGAAUUUAUCAUGUCAGAAUUCAUGAAGCAAAAGCUGAAGCUCUUCAAAAUGGAAGACGUGAGCUUGGGUUUGUGGGUUGAGCAGUUCAAUAGGACAAGACCUGUUGAAUACAUUCACAGUGGCAAGUUCUGUCCAUUUGGAUGCGUCGCUGACUACUAUACUGCUCAUUACCAAUCGCCAAGGCUAAUGUUAUGCAUGUGGCAAAAGUUACUGGAAGGAAGACCAGACUGUUGCAAUAUGAGAUAACAAUGAUGGCAUAGUUCAAAAGAAAAGAAAGUAGCAAUUAAGAAUGAGUAGCAUUUUACCCUCAUCUAUAGUGCCAGUCCCAUGUAACCAGGAAGUUAGAAGGUUAAAGUAAUGUCCAUUACCUGGGAUGAAUUCAUACAUAGUUUAUCCUCCUUGAGUCUCACAUGCUAAAAACUGACCCUACCUAGCUACAACAUUGGGUGACAGGGUGAGGUAGCACACUAGAACCGUGCUCUCUUUCGGCCCCAACCAAGUAGGUAGAAGUUCGCAGGUGCUCUGGAGAUGCUUAAGGACUUCAUUUGUAAAUACGGAGAGUUGGAAUGGUUCAGCUAAAUUAUUACUAAUUUCUAGUAUGGCUUUAAGAUCUGAUUGUAGUUGCAGCUAAACUCACCAGGUAGCAGCGCAACCUUCAAGAUUUCAGCGGGUUAUCUUAUUCA